ACAUUGCCCAAGACUCCAACCCGCAAUAUCGCUCUCACCGCAGGAUGAUUGGAGCAUCACAACUUCCAAGUAUCAUCUAGGCAUACUUUGCGUCCGUGUCUCUGCGCGUGCUAGCAUUGCUCAAACCGCUACGAAGAUUCAAAAAGGAAGUCGUUCAGCACGGGCGGUUUUGCAAUCCUCAAUCCCGAACGUCAAGUCCCUCGGAACCCUUUGGGGUAACUAACCAUGCGCGCCAUUGACGAGCAUACCUCAAGGACAGCGAAGGACGCUAAGGCGCAGGUCCUUCUAACUAUCGAGCGCCUGAAUUCCAAUUCUCGAAACCUCACACAGGCUCUCGUGGGUAGGUCGAUGGAAGCGAUGCGGCACGCGUCCGUAACACGCGAUCGCGCUUCAGCUGACCGUUGACUUCAUACAUCACAACCGCGCUUCUUCUUACGGCCGAUGACGGAUCGUGCCGUCAAUAUUGCUGACAAACCAGCGUCGCCGUCGCCGACUACUGCGAAGUAUAGCAUCGCACGCCUCGCCAACAUAGCUGCUUCGGCGAACAUCCUGCCCUCUUUGCUUGGAACACAAAGGGCACUCAGCGCCAAUUACAGGCCACUCGAGCGAAGGUCUCGCAAGACGCUGUCAUCGUUGGCUACCAGCCGCUGAGCGAUGGGAUGGAUGUUUUGCGUGCUCCGAUAAUGGAUACACACACCCGCUGAAGGGACGUGCAGUGAAGUCACGCCGCGGAGGCGAUCGGGAUCCGGCAGCUUGGCAGAUCUCGGUUCCGCUACACGGUCCGGAACGUUAGUUGCCGGACGACAUCAAGUGCGUAAUCGUAGUGACUUCGCCUCUUCACUUAUUCUCGGCGACGGAUAUGGUCUGAUUCGUUUGUACUUGUCCCUGUGGCAUUGAUCGGAGUGGGUGUGGC